AUGAUUUCAGCAAAUAUCUAUACCUUAUUACUAAUUUCUAUAUAUGUUUCUACAAUAUAUUGUGAAAAACAGCUAUUAUUGACACCAUAUAUCAAAUCGGGUGACAUAGCAAAGGCCCGAUCACUGAGUCGGGUGACAGCACUGCCCAAUGCAACCAAUGUUGAGUCAUAUACUGGGUUUAUAACCGUCGACGAGAAAUACAAUAGUAAUACGUUUUUCUGGUUUAUACCCGCUUUUAAAAAUCCCAAAACUGCACCGUUAUUAGUAUAUACCGAGGGUGGACCGGGAGGAUCAUCAAUAAUGUCAAUGUUUAUGUUCGGAUCUUUUAAUUUAAAUGAUAAAUUAAAUGUCACAAUAAAUCCAUUUGCAUUGAAUCAAGAGUUUUCAAUUAUAUAUGUGGAUAAUCCCGUGGGAACAGGAUUUAGUUAUACCGAUAAUCCCAAUGGCUAUUCUACAGAUCAGAAAAAUGUUUCCAAAAAUUUAUAUGAGUUUCUACAACAGUUUUACACUGUAUUUGAUGACUACCGGAGCAAUGAUUUAUAUUUAGGCGGAUUGUCUUAUGCGGGAAAAUUUGUGCCAUCAUUUGGUCACUACUUAAUAAAAAUGUCACACAUUUCUAGAGUUAAUUUCAAAGGUAUACUCAUUGGCAAUGGUUUGACUGAUCCAAUCAAUCAACUGACAUACGAUAAGACACUAUUGAAUUUGGGAUUAAUAGAUGAAAAUGAAGACAAAGAAAUGCAAAAUAUUCAAAAUAAUUUUAAAGGUUUUGCAAAAUCCAAAGAUUAUCGCAAAGCAACGGAAGUGUUUCUAAAGCUAUUUACUACCGGUUAUCUAACCAACAUAACUGGUUAUCUGGGUUUUCACGAUAUUGAUAAUAGUGGUAACAAAUUAGAGUCAUUGAAAUAUGUCGACCAAUAUGUUAUUAUAUGA